AUGGAUAUAUCUGAUAUUACCCAACCCUACAGCAGGUAUAUCGCCAAGGGUGUUGAUAACACAUUGUCCGUCUCAUCGGAGACACGGCCAACUCCUGGGCAGGAAGCCCUGUUCAAGGCAUUGGGCCUCUGGCGGGAGGCUAGAGCGUUCAUCCGAAAUCUCCGGUUUAUUUACAAUCUUGCACCCGAGGUGGCCCUGACUGGGAGGUGGGCAGCUCUCUUUGCGCUGGACAGUAAAAUCAUCUCCUGCUAUUCAUCCUUCCCCGCCAAACUACGAAACCUGUAUGGAGAUAGCCUCUGUGACUCUGGCGAGGCCCCAGAACUAUUACUAUCGCUUCACGCAGUCUACCACCAGUGUCGAGCCCUGCUCCAUCUUUCCAUGUUCAUGUUCCUACGACAAAAUGCUUCAGCACCCCCUGAUUACGUCAACUUAUGCGCCCGGGUCUCGAUGUCCCAUUUGAAUUAUUUUGCAGAUGUCGCUACCAGCUUUAUGUCUCUUGCUCCGUCCAACGCCUCGGCAAACCCGCCUUUCAUUGCAUAUUGUGCUUUUUUGACAGCGUCCAUCCACUUGGCUUCUUUAAAGCUGUUUCAGGGAUCUACCGGAAAUUCCCCUUAUGCUAGCCCACCUGCAUUGGCUUUAUUGAGGAAACGAGCCCUAUCCAGCCUUCUUGUGCUGCAGCACCUCCAAUCUUAUUGGUCAUCGUGUAAAGAACUGCUUACCGCCUUUCCCUCACAGCUUGACCGUCUUCAACCACUAUGCUUCCCUGUCCGAAUAUCAGCAGCUGAUAUAGAAAGACACGGCCACGAUUUACAAAAUUCAUCCGAUCUCCUGCCCUCGACCACAAUUCCUGAUGGAACUCCGUUGGCCCCACUACCACCACACCAAGAAGAACUCGAGACUAUCAUGAGUCGGCACCUUGCGCAGAUUCUGCGCAUGGUAGAUCUAAGCCAUCCGGCCUACUUUUCAUUUCAAAACCUGCAAUCGUUGCAUCAAAUCGCUGGUGAUCCUUCGAUCCUUGCUGAAUCGGCGAAUUUCCACCAGCAACCCUACCACACAUAUCAACCUGAACCUGAACCGACACGAAUGUCUCCAAUUCCCGACCUCCAACCAAUUCCCUGCAAUGCUAUAGUCACAGAGUCUACAUAUGCUCAUUACCAUAAGCCGCGAACCUGGAUUCCGGCUCGUCCGGUGGCCUCCGAGCCCGGGAUAUUUGAAUAUGAAGACUAUGAUGCCAGUGACGAAUAG